GUGUGCAAAGAGAUGAUGAUCAAGCAGGAGCACGGUGGGCCUGUCGAGGUGAAAAUACUGGAGUGCGUCGAGGUGUCUGGGCAGGAGGUGCUGCUGGCGCCAGGAGGGACGGAUCGGGUGCGGAGUGUUCUCAGGGCCGAGGCGGAGUGCUUCGUGCCGCUGGACAAGCUGCACCGCCAG